GGGGCCGUCGCGGCAGGCGAGUGACGUGACAUGCGCUGCUCUGCGUCAGCUUUACAGAGGCCACCAUUUCUCCUCCUUACGUCGUAUUAGUUGUCCCUCACAUUACUGAUGCUGUCCAGGAGUGGGUUAUGAAUCAAGCCAUGGUGCCUGUGGAUGGUCAUAAGGAAGAGCCCCAAAUAUGCGUUAUUGAGCUGGGUGGCACCAUUGGAGACAUUGAAGGAAUGCCGUUUGUGGAAGCAUUCAGACAAUUCCAGUUUAAAGCAAAAAGAGAGAAUUUCUGUAAUAUCCAUGUUAGCCUUGUCCCGCAGCCCAGUGCUACUGGAGAACAAAAAACCAAACCCACACAAAACAGUGUCCGUGCGCUGAGGGGAUUAGGCCUGUCUCCCGAUCUGAUUGUCUGCCGGAGUUCAACGCCCAUCGAAAUGGCUGUGAAGGAAAAGAUUUCUAUGUUUUGUCACGUGAACCCUGAACAGGUCAUAUGUAUCCAUGAUGUUUCUUCCACCUACCGAGUGCCUGUGCUUUUGGAGGAACAAGGCAUCGUUAAAUAUUUUAAAGAGAGAUUGGAUCUGCCCAUUGGGGAUUCUGCAAGUAGUUUGCUUUCCAAGUGGAGAAAUAUGGCUGACAGGUAUGAAAGGUUACAGAAAACAUGUUCCAUUGCCCUGGUUGGCAAAUACACCAAGCUCAGAGACUGCUAUGCCUCCGUGUUCAAAGCCCUGGAACACUCAGCCUUGGCCAUCAACCACAAGUUAAAUCUGAUGUACAUAGAUUCCAUUGAUCUGGAGCAGACUACUGAAACUGAGGACCCUGUGAAAUUUCAUGAAGCUUGGCAGAAGCUCUGCAAAGCUGAUGGUGUUCUUGUGCCAGGAGGCUUUGGAAUCAGAGGAACGUUGGGAAAACUCCAGGCAAUUUCUUGGGCACGGUCAAGGAAGAUUCCUUUUCUGGGAGUUUGCCUUGGGAUGCAGCUGGCAGUGAUAGAGUUUGCAAGAAACUGCCUUAACUUGAAAGAUGCUGAUUCCACAGAAUUUGAGCCAAAUGCCCAUAUUCCUGUGGUGAUUGAUAUGCCGGAGCACAACCCUGGCAAUUUGGGAGGAACGAUGAGGCUGGGAAUAAGAAGAACUGUUUUCAAAACUGAAAAUUCAAUAUUAAGGAAACUUUAUGGUGAUGUACCUUUCAUAGAAGAAAGACACAGACAUCGAUAUGAGGUGAAUCCUAGCCUAAUCAGCCAACUUGAGCAGAAAGACUUAAGUUUUGUAGGUCAGGAUGUUGAUGGAGAGAGGAUGGAAAUCAUUGAACUGGCAAAUCAUCCCUAUUUUGUUGGUGUCCAGUUCCAUCCCGAGUUUUCUUCUAGGCCAAUGAAGCCUUCCCCUCCAUACCUGGGGCUGUUACUUGCAGCAACUGGGAAUCUGAAUGCCUACCUCCUACAGGGAUGCAAGCUGUCUUCAAGUGACAGAUACAGUGAUGCCAGUGAUGACAGCUUUUCAGAGCCAAGGUUAGCUGAGUUGGAAAUCAGCUGAAACUGACCCAUGACUUGGAAUCACCAGGACAACCUGAGAGGGCUCUGAAGUAACUGAAGCCAAGAUGAAGGAACUAUCUGAUGAAAUCACCACACUCGUAGAAUCACUCUGUUCUCCACCAAACAUGGGAUGUCCAGCCUCAAGGGGAAUUUAAUAAUACAUACUUCAAUAAACCAGAAUCAAAGGGGUGGUUUUUCUUUUUCCUCCAGAGGCGACCGUUGGUUCUUGCAGAUUUCUUCAGCCGAUUAAACAUUUCCCAACUAUCUCAGUGGACAGAAAGUGUUUUGGUGUUUUGUCUGGCAUAUGGUGAUGUCCAGGUGGUAAGCAAGGAUCCAGGUAACUGAGGCUUCUCCAGGCUAUAUGGGAAGGCUGGCAGGGCACAGACAAUGACUAGUUUUGAGUCAAAAAUGAGUCCUUCUGUUACCUGGAAUUCAGCCACGGAUUUACAUGUGGCCCAAGCUUAUUUCAAUUUCUCACUGUUUAUUUCUAUUAAAAAGUAAAAUGAAACAGAUCCAAGACUAGGGUUGGUAAGUAAGACCCUGGCCUCAGGCAUUGAAUUUAAGGGAACAUAAAAAAAUUCAGGAGUCAAGAUCAGUAACACAUACACACACAUAUUUAAUUGAGGUGAAAUUCAUAUAACAUAAAAUUAACCAUUUCAAAGUGAACAAUGCAAUAGCAUUAGGUACUUUCACAGUGUUGUGCAACCACCACCUUUAUCUGGUUCCAAAACAUUUCCAUUCCUCCAAAAUAAAUCCCCACAUCCAUUAGCAGUCACUGUCCAUUCCUCCCUCCCAGCCCUCUGCAACUCCUUUCUAUUUCUGUGGAUUUGCCUAUUCUGGAUAUUUCAUAUUACUGGAAUCACACAACAUGUGGCCUUUUGUGUCUGGCCUCUUUCACUGAGCUUGAUGUUUUUUAAGUUCAUCCACAGUGUAGCCUAUGUCAGUUCUUCCUUCCUUUUUAUGGCUGAAUAGAAUUUCCUGGUAUGGAUUAAACUACAAUCUGUUUAUCCAUUCAUCCAUUGAUGGGCACUUGGGUUGUUUCUACCUUUUGUCUUUUGUGGAUAGU